CUGGCAUUAAACCCCGGAAGUAUCACGUGUUUACAACAGGAAGCUAGGCUAAUAAGCUAACUGCUGUGAGCAGAGAGUUUGAAGCGCGUCAGAAGAACUCCGUGUUUCCUGAGUUUCUCUGAGUCUGCGGAAAUAUUCUCAGGAGUCAGGAUGAGUCUGCAGUGGACGGCGGUCGCCACCUUCCUGUACACUGAGGUCUUCUUCGUUCUGCUGCUCUGCAUCCCCUUCAUCUCACCCAAGAGGUGGAGCAAGAUCUUUAAGUCUCGGCUCAUCCAGACCAUCGCUCUCUAUGGAAACACCUACUUCAUGGUGGCCAUCGCCAUCCUCGUCUUCCUGCUCAUCGAUGCUUUCCGUGAGGUGAGGAAGUACAGCGUGACGGAGAAGGUGGAUCUGACCAACAACCCCACGGCCAUCGAACACAUCCACAUGAAACUGUUCAGAGCUCAGAGGAACGAGUACAUCGCCGGCUUCGCCCUGCUGCUCUGCCUGUUGCUGCGUCGUCUCGCCACGCUGCUCUCCCAGCAGGCCACCUUCAUGGCCUCCAACGAAGCCUUCAAGAAGCAGGCGGAGGGCGCCAGCACCGCCGCCAAGAAGUUCAUGGAUGAGAAUGAGCUGCUGCAAGAGAAACUCCGUGACGCUGGUAUCGAUUUGCCGGAGGCCGGGAAGAAGGGAGCCGGACCGGUGGAGGAGAACAAGAACCUGAAGGAGGAGGUGAAGACGCUGAAGGAGGAGCUGGAGAACAACAAGAAAGCUCUGCAGAAGUCGGACAGUGACGUUCGUGCGAUGAAGAAACAGGCGGAGAAUCUGACGGUGGAGUACGACCGACUGCUGGAGGAACACAGCAAACUGCUGGCUACAAGCGACAAGAAGUCAGACUGAGACGGACAAAGACGACCUCCAGCUUCUCUCAUCUUCAUCCUCAAAAUACAGUCAGCAGCUCUAGCAUCAGUGAUGUCACUUCCUUACUGGGAUGACGGCGGGCUGUGAUUGGCUUAUUUCAUGUGGCUAAAAAAAAAACAUCCCAUUUGACUGUCAAAAAAAAAAAUGUGGGCUGUCUGUGAACCUUUCCUUCUACUGACAAGGUUUUCUGUUUGUUGUUGUUUGUUUGUUUGUUUGUUUGAGGAAAAUAACAUCUGAUCAUUCCCUGUUUCCGAGUGCUGGAGAGGAACAGAAAAGAAAACCUGAUUUUCAUCAUUUUUGCAAGAAACACAAGAAUUUAUUCCAAAACUUGAGGUCCAAAGUAUUCAAUACAACUGCUCUCAUGUAUUAAUAACCAACAUAUUGCACAUAUUGAAUGUGGCCAAACAUUAUCCUUCAGAAAUGACCUUUAACCUUAACGUUUAAGUGAAUUUAUCCCCAAAAGAACGAAACCUGUUGAAUGAGUGAAGGUAGACUUGGAUCUUCAGUCUGUGAAUCACGUUGUGCGAGCCAAAGCAAACACCUGCGUCUCCUCUUACCUGUUUCCCUUUCUUUGCUCCAAUCCUUUUUAUGUUUUCUACACUGGUUAUCUUUAAUAUCCUGCCGUUUCUACACUCAUCUAGAGGCUAACUUCCAAAACGGUACACAAACGGUAAAAUAAUGGACGCACAAAUGACCAGACGUUUGUUUUGCUCGCACAAAGUGAUGCUUUCUUUCUGUCGUAUUAAACUCGUUUGGUUUGAAGAUUUUGUUAAUCAGUUUUCAGUUUUCAGUUCUUUUUGUGUGUUUUUUUUAGGGUGAUUUCCUUGUCUUGUGGCUUUCAGACUGAGAUGUUCUCUCUGGUUAAAGAUAACACAAGCUGUUGGACCUGUUUUACAUUUAAGACCACCAAACACUUUAGUCUCAAAUGACCUGCAGGUUAGGGAUAGCUUGAAUAUCUCCGUCUGAAAGCCUCUUCACACUUAAAGAUGUGGUAUUGAUUGCUUUGAUGGCAGAAAGCACUUAUUUGUUCGGUAUAGAGUCUGUAAAUAGGUGGUGUCGCUGUGAAGGGUAAACACUCUCAUUCCUGUUCAGUGAAGUUACACAAAACCAUGUUCACUGUCUCAGUCAUCCGUCUGUGUUUGUGAGCAGAUGAUGAUUGUGAGCAAAUUGGGUUCAAAUAAAAGCAACGAGUUAAAACUGUUGUUUAGAUACAGGUGAGAUACUUAAUGAGACACUGUCUAAAUGACUUGUGCAUUUCCCCUUGAUAAGACUAGCUGCCUUACCAUUCAUGCAAAGGGGUCCUGUGUCCUUGUGUUAAAGUCAGCUCAUGUUAAUCUAAGUAACUUUUUCCUCAUGUGUAGCAUAAGCUAUACAGAAGAGAAAGGACAUACACGUUCAGAAAUCAGCUUUUCAUGUAUGCAUCAGAUGAAAUGCUAAAGUACAGAAACGGAACAAAAGUGUUGAAUUUAGAAAGACAAAACAUUAACAUUAGCACCAAAUGCUUUUAUUUUGAAAAUGUUUUGCAGCUGACAGCAUGUGCUUCACUCUGAAUGACUCAGAGGAUGGUUAGCUUUUAAAUCUUCCUCGUAUUUCAAACUAAGAGAAGAUAUUUGGUGACGUCACACAGCUGAAGUACGGCUAACGUCGGGUUGAGUCCACACAGUUCUCAUGCCCCACUGUUUGUUUACAUCUUGUUUCUUCUGAAGUAUAGUUUCUACAGUAAGUCUAGGGUUAGCCCUUUCUUGCAUGACAACACUGUUUGCUUCACUCUCAUCUGUUAACAUACAUUAUUUCUGCUAAUAUAAACACCUGUGGGACUUUUGUUUUGAUAGUCUGUCACGUUUACUUGAUGCUGAAUGUGCAGUUAUUAUUAUUCUGACCUUUAUUUUGUCCCAUCUUUUAGAAAUCAUGCUGAGAGCUAUUCACCUCUAAUGCUUUAUGAUGAAACGUGAAUAUACCGGCUGAUUUAAUGUUGUGAUUCAGCGACGUUCAGACCAAACCUCAUAUCUCUGUAUUCAAACACAGAAAUGUUCUCUUGUUUCAUUUCUACCUGUGUGUUGUUUUUGAAGACGUGGUGAACUGUAUCUGGACUCAUCAUGUCAGACAAUGGAAGUUUUGAAAUAAACCAGCAAAGGAACUUC